UUCAUUAUUUUAGCCUCAUUACACUCACUUCAACUUUAUUUAUUAUUAUAAAUUUUAUACCUAUGGCUUAUUUCUUUCAACUCUCGAAGGCUGCUGUUACUCUGCUUUUGUUUGUUUUCCUGAAUUCAACAAAAGGAGGCUCUGAUUUGUGCUUUUGAUUCAGUAAUUAGUCAUACGAAAGAAAUGGAGACGACUCACCCACUUCCAUUCGACUCUUUUCUCGACAAAAUGCGAAACCCUGCUUCUCUCGAUCUUGUUCGAUCCAUCAAGAGCUUCAUUGUGUCAUUUUCGUUUAAUGUGGGAAACCCAGAAAAUGAUGGGAAAAGGAUACAGGACUUUUUUUUGACAACGGAAGCUGCUAUAAGGGAUCAUCCUUUAUGGGCAGGCUCCACCGAUGAAGAAAUUGACAAUGCCUUGGAGGGUCUGGAGAAAUAUGUUAUGACAAAACUAAAUUCGCGGACCUUUGCAUCCUCUGCUCAGGACGUCAAGAUGGAUCGAGAGAUCUCAGAGAAGAUAUGCUUGUUGCAAACCUUCUUGAGGCCUGAACAUUUAGACAUACCAGUAGUGCUACAAAAUGAAGCUUUGUGGCUGCUUGCUGAGAAAGAAUUAAAAAAAAUCAAUGCUUUCAAAGCUCCUCGUGAGAAGCUUCUGUGUAUCAUGAAUUGUUGUAGAGUCAUCAACAAUUUACUGCUCAAUGCAUCAAUUUCAGAAGAUCAUGUUCCAGGAGGGGCAGAUGAUUUUCUUCCUGUUCUUAUAUAUGUUACGAUCAAGGCCAAUCCUCCACAAUUGCAUUCCAACCUCAAAUUCAUCCAAUUAUACCGGAGGCAGUCAAAGCUUAUCUCAGAAGCAGCUUAUUAUCACACAAAUCUUGUCUCAGCCAAGUCCUUCAUUGUAGAGUUAAAUGCCAAAUCUCUUUCUAUUGAAGAAACUGAAUUUGAGGAGAGUAUGCAAGCAGCAAGAUUGGUCAAUAGAGUGCCCCAAAUAACCUCACCCACCAUAGAUAAGAUAUCGACAUUUGGGAAGCAGACAGAUCCUGGUCCAUCAACAGAAAUGCACAAAAGGAAAACUAACAUUAAUGAUCAUCACAUAGCCAUUCUUGGAUCAGCUGGGUCAAAUUAUCCUUACAUGGAAGCUGAGGCUGGUGAACUGACAGUAGGUGAUGUGGAGAGAUUACUAGGUUUAUACAAGGAUGUGGUAACUAAGUAUAACAGUUUGUGCAACACUGUUAGACACCUUUCUAUUUCCAAGACCACAGUUUCCCCUGCUUCAGAAGGAACUAAUGACUUGUUAAGAGGGCAUAAUGGAACAAGUCGAGACACUGAUUGCAAAGGAGAAUAAAGAAAAAGAAUGCGUGCGAGCAUGCCCGACGAGAGUGGACUCCACCCCACUUACCAACGACUCGGCACUGGUCGCAAUAGACAGAUCUUGAGGAUCUGGUGACGUCCUCCUCCACGACAUAGAGCGCAACGACGAUCGGCGAGGGAUCGUGGGCGUC